ACCGGCUGUUGAUGCUCCCGCUGCUGGGAGAGGAGGAGGAGGGAGAGCAGGCGAGGGGAGAGGGAGAGCAGGCUGACAGAGGACCGGAGGACCAGAGGGUUGGAGAGACCCGGUAGACCGGAGAACACGCUCUGUUGACGGCCCGCUGGACCAGCCUGCUGGAGGCUAGCUGGUAGCCGCUGAGGGCUAGCCUCUGUGUUAGCGGGUUAGCCGGGCUGGUGGAGGGGUUCUCGGCUCCAGACCGUCAGCAGCAGCCGGUAACCUCCGGGAUGAUCCCCGGUGUCGGUGCCGGUGUCCCGCAGCGCUCCACCGGGAGAACGGAGAGACUCAGCGAAGGCCUUGCCCAGCUGGAGAUCCUGUGUAAGCAGCUAUACGAGACGACCGACACCGCCGUCCGACACCAGGCAGAGAAAGCUCUGGUGGAGUUCACCAACAGCCCCGACUGUCUCAGCAAGUGUCAGCUGCUGCUGGAGAGAGGCAGCUCAUCGUAUUCUCAGCUGCUUGCAGCCACCUGUUUGUCUAAACUGGUAUCUCGAACCAGCAACCCUCUACCCCUCGAACAACGCAUCGACAUCCGGAACUAUGUGCUGAAUUAUCUGGCUACGCGGCCGAAGUUAGCGGCGUUUGUGACGCAGGCGUUGAUCCAGCUGUACGCCAGGAUCACCAAACUGGGCUGGUUCGACUGUCAGAAGGACGACUACGUCUUCAGGAACGUCAUCGCCGAUGUGACGCGCUUUCUACAGGACAGCGUUGAACACUGCAUCAUCGGGGUCACCAUUCUGUCCCAGCUAACCAAUGAGAUCAAUCAGGCCGACACGACGCAUCCUCUGACCAAACACAGGAAGAUCGCGUCGUCGUUCAGAGACUCCUCCCUCUUCGACAUCUUCACUCUGUCCUGUAACCUCCUCAAACAGGCUUCGGGGAAGAACCUGAACCUGAACGAUGAGUCUCAGCACGGCCUGCUGAUGCAGCUGCUCAAACUCAGCUACAACUGUCUCAACUACGAUUUCAUAGGAACUUCCACAGACGAGUCGUCAGACGACCUCUGCACCGUACAGAUCCCCACGUCAUGGAGAUCAGCGUUUCUUGAUUCCUCCACCCUGCAGCUCUUUUUCAAUUUAUAUCAUUCCAUCCCUCCGUCCCUGUCCCCGUUGGUGUUAUCAUGUCUAGUUCAGAUAGCCUCUGUCAGGAGGUCUCUCUUCAACAACGCAGAACGAGCUAAGUUUCUGUCUCAUCUGGUGGACGGAGUGAAGAGGAUACUAGCUAACCCUCAGUGUCUACCGGAUCCCAACAACUACCACGAGUUCUGCCGUCUGCUGGCGAGGCUAAAGAGUAACUACCAGCUGGGGGAGCUGGUCAAAGUAGAGAACUACCCCGAAGUGAUCCGCCUCAUAGCCAACUUCACCGUCACCAGUCUGCAGCACUGGGAGUUUGCCCCUAACAGUGUUCACUACCUGCUGAGUCUGUGGCAGCGUCUAGCGGCAUCGGUUCCCUACGUUAAAGCCACCGAGCCUCACCUGCUGGAGACCUACACCCCCGAGGUCACCAAGGCCUACAUCACAUCACGGCUGGAGUCGGUCCACGUCAUCCUCAGAGACGGGUUAGAGGACCCUCUGGAUGAUGCCGGGCUGGUCCAGCAGCAGUUGGACCAGCUGUCCACCAUCGGGAGGUGUGAGUACGAGAAGACGUGCGCUCUGCUGGUCCAGCUGUUCGACCAGGCGGCUCAGACCUACCAGGAGCUGCUGCAGUCCACCAACUCCAGCGCCGCAGACAUCACUGUGCAGGAGGGUCGGUUAACAUGGUUGGUUUAUAUAAUCGGGGCGGUUAUCGGUGGACGGGUGUCGUUCGCCAGCACAGAUGAGCAGGACGCCAUGGACGGAGAGUUAGUCUGUCGAGUGCUCCAGCUGAUGAACCUGACGGACUCUCGACUCGCUCAGGCCGGUAACGAGCGGCUGGAGCUCGCCAUGCUCAGUUUCUUUGAGCAGUUCAGGAAGAUCUACAUCGGUGAUCAGGUGCAGAAAUCAUCAAAGCUUUAUCGCCGACUAUCAGAAGUUCUGGGGUUGAAUGACGAGACGAUGGUACUCAGUGUCUUUAUAGGGAAAAUCAUCACAAACUUGAAGUACUGGGGCCAGUGUGAACCAAUCACCUCCAAGACACUCCAACUACUGAACGACCUCUCUUUAGGGUACAGCAGUGUGAGGAAGCUGGUGAAGCUCAGCGCGGUCCAGUUCAUGUUGAAUAACCACACAAGCGAGCACUUCUCCUUCCUGGGCGUGAACAACCAGUCCAAUCUGAGCGACAUGCGCUGUCGGACCACCUUCUACACGGCACUGGGACGUCUGCUGAUGGUGGACCUGGGUGAAGACGAGGACCAGUUUGAACAGUUCAUGCUUCCUCUGACGGCAGCGUUUGAAACUGUGGCUCAGAUGUUGAGUACGAACACCUUCAACGAGCAGGAGGCCAAGAGGACUCUGGUGGGUCUGGUCCGAGACCUGCGAGGCAUCGCGUUCGCCUUCAACGCCAAGACGAGCUUCAUGAUGCUGUUUGACUGGAUAUAUCCAGCCUACAUGCCCAUCCUGCAGCGAGCCAUCGAGCUCUGGUACCACGACCCAGCAUGCACCACGCCGGUCCUCAAACUCAUGGCUGAGCUGGUUCACAACAGAUCUCAGAGGCUACAGUUCGACGUGUCGUCGCCCAACGGCAUCCUGCUGUUCAGAGAAACCAGCAAGAUGAUCACGACCUACGGGAACCGUAUCCUGACGCUGGGGGAGGUCCCUAAGGACCAGGUGUACGGCGUGAAGCUGAAGGGGGUCAGCGUGUGCUUCGCCAUGCUGAAGGCGGUGCUCAGCGGAAACUACGUCAACUUCGGGGUCUUCCGACUGUACGGCGACGACGCUCUGGACAACGCCUUACAGACCUUCAUCAAACUGCUGCUGUCCAUCCCUCACAGUGACUUACUGGACUACCCGAAGCUCAGCCAGUCCUUCUACUCUCUGCUGGAGGUUCUGACUCAGGACCACAUGAACUUCAUCGCCAGUCUGGAGCCUCAUGUGGUCAUGUACAUCCUGUCAUCGAUAUCAGAAGGACUCACCGCGCUCGAUACGAUGGUGUGCACCGGCUGCUGCUCCAGCCUGGACCACAUAGUGACCUACCUGUUCAAGCAGCUGUCUCGCUCCACCAAGAAGCGUCCCACGCCGAUGGCCACGGAUGACCGCUUCCUCCACAUCAUGCAGCAGCACCCGGAGAUGAUCCAGCAGAUGUUGUCCACGGUGUUGAACAUCAUCAUCUUCGAGGACUGUAGGAACCAGUGGUCCAUGUCCCGUCCUCUGUUAGGCCUCAUCCUGCUCAACGAGAAGCAGUACUUUGCUGACCUGAGGAACAGCAUCGUGAACAGCCAGCCUCCAGAGAAGCAGCAGGCCAUGCACUUAUGUUUUGAGAACCUGAUGGAGGGAAUAGAGAGAAAUCUACUAACAAAGAACCGGGACAGGUUUACUCAGAACCUGUCGGUGUUCCGGCGGGAGGUGAACGACAGCAUGAAGAACUCAACGUACGGCGUCAACAGCAACGACAUGAUGAGCUGACAUUCCACAGAGAGGAGUCUGAUCCAGCUGCAGACGGAGCUCCGCCCUCCCUCGCUCCGGCCCCGCCUCCCCCCCCCGCCCUGCAUCAGCCUCCCCCUCCCUCCCCCCCUGGGCCCGGAUGCCUGGGGAUCACCUCCUCGCCCCCCCGCCACCGCGUACCGCCCUCCUCCUCCUCCUCCGCCUCCUCCUCCGCCUCCGCCUCCUUUUUGAUAGAAGCAUAUAUAAAUAUAUACAGAUCUAUUUUAAAGCCAUGGUCUAACUCGUCUGGCUGGGGGAGGAGGUCAGGGGUCAGAGGUCAGGGGUCAGAGGGGGGGAGGAAGGGGACGAACGCCGGUAAACGUAGUAAUCCGCUUCUGCCUGCCUUGUAUAGAAAAACACAAAAACCAAGUGUACAUUUUUUUUCGUAACAUUUUGAACAAUGUUUAUAAUGAUCGAAUUUAAAACACAACGAUGAGUCGAGGAAAAAUAAUAAAAACAACAAAACAAA